AGGAAGGCAAGGUGGAUGAGGGGGUCCAGGGGGAGUUUGUAGGGACUAGAAGGCAGUGGGUGGCUGAGGAGGUGACAGUGAAGGUGGAAAAGCCCUUAGACAGAGGGGUGCUGGUGCUGGGGACAAGAGCUAUGUCCCCAAAGAAAGGUGACCUGGCCCUGGCCUACCCAGUGCUGAGUGAGCCCAGGGGCGCCGCUGGGGGGGCCGGGCCCAUGUGCUGCUAUCCCAUAGGAGGGGGCAGCUGUGGCUGCUGAAUGUGCAGGUCCCGGGUGGCUAUUCCUGGCAGUCCCGCCUGUGCAGGCAGAUUGGUUUGCAGGGAGGUGACAAGUGCCAGCCAAAGCCUAUAAAAGUCACCCAUACCCUGUUCUGGCUCAGUGACCUAGUUACCCCCUCCCAGCAAAGCUGUCCCGCAGCAGGGACAAUCAGUCCAGAGUGAAGACGCCUGGUCCUGAGCCAGGACCCCAGCCUCGGAGUCCAGACCCCAGAUCCAGAGGAGAGAUCUUUUGUCUGGAGCAGCAACCCCAAAACAGAGCAGAGACCCCGGAGCAGAGACCCCAGGACCUUCCCUUGCCUAGCCCCUAGGCUUUGCAGCCAUGACCGGCAAAACUGCGCCUCCAGCCAAAAAACCGGCUCCGGCAGCGGCCAAGAAAAAGGCAGUGCCAGCCCCAAAAGAAGAAACAUCCCCGAAGGAAGAAGCAGCCCCAAAGGAAGAAGCAGCCCCAGCUACAGCCUCAGCUACUGAAGAGCCCCCAGCCCCUGAGCAUCCCCUGGAGCAGCCCCCAGUCCCCACAGAUGAACCUGCUCCCACCCCCAUGGAAGCUGGAACAGAAGCCACUCCAGUGCCUGCAGAAGGUUCCCCAACUCCCCCAGCUGAACCAGCAGCCCCAGCCCCUGAACCUGAACCGGAGAAACCAAAGGAAGAGCCGCCCAGCUGCCCCUUGUCCUUGGCCGUGGAAGAAGUGACUGAAAACUCAUUCACACUGACCUGGAAAGCCCCAGAGCAGAUGGGCCGGGCAGGCCUGGAUGGAUAUGUGGUGGAGAUCUGCAAAGAUGGAAGUUCAGACUGGAAAGCUGUGAACCAGGAGCCCUUUCUUUCCACCCGCUACACCGUCUCAAACCUCAGCUCUGGGGACAAGAUCCAUGUGCGGGUGACGGCUGUCAGUGCCAGCGGAGCCAGCGUCCCAGCCACUCUGGAGCAGCCAGUGCUCAUCAGGGAGAUCCUCCAGCUCCCGAAGAUCCGCAUGCCUCGGCACUUGCGGGAGACUUACAUCAGGCGUGUGGGGGAUGCUGUGAACAUCAUGAUUCCCUUUCAGGGAAAGCCGCAGCCCGAGGUGAGCUGGACCAAGGGAGGGCAGCCCCUGGACACCAACCGCAUCAACAUCCGAAACACAGCUCGGGACACCAUCUUCUACAUCCGCCAGGCCCAGCGCGGCGACUCGGGCAAGUACGAGCUCACCGUGCAGAUCAAUGGAGCCGAGGACAAGGCUACCCUGGACAUCCAGGUGGUUGAGCCACCCGGCCCUCCCCAGAACCUGAAGCUGGUGGAUGUGUGGGGCUUUAAUGUGGCCCUGGAGUGGACCCCCCCUGCGGACAAUGGGAACUCUGAGAUCAAGGGCUACAGGGUGCAGAAGUCAGACAAGAAGAGUGGGAAAUGGUUCACGGUGCUGGAGCGCUGCACCCGCACCAGCUGCACCAUCUCCGACCUCAUAAUUGGCAACACCUAUUCCUUCCGAGUGUUCUCUGAGAACAUCUGCGGGCUCAGUGACAGUGCUGCCGUGGCCUCUGGGGUGGCCUACAUCGAGAAGACAAAAACCACUUACCAGCCAGAGAAGAUCCCCCAGCGGGACAUGAUGGAACCUCCAAAGUUCACGCAGCCCCUGACAGACCGAACGACCACACGGGGCUACAGCACUCACCUCUUCUGCUCUGUCCGCGGCUUCCCCCAGCCCAAAAUCAUCUGGUUGAAAAAUCAGAUGGAGAUCCGGGAAGAUCCCAAAUACAUAGCACUGAUUGAUCAGGGUGUGUGCUCCCUGGAAAUUCGCAAGCCUGGCCCUUUCGAUGGGGGUGUCUACACCUGCAAGGCGGUGAAUCCCCUGGGGGAAGCCUCAGUAGACUGCAGACUGGAUGUGAAAGGUGAGAUUGGCUGAGGGGAAGGAGGAGCAGGAGCCCUUGUCUGCCUUUUCCAGGUCUCACUUUCCCAGUCCUGUGGUUUGUCCCUGUUUUUGUUGAUCCUGGUUGUGAGGGAGUCUGAGGACACUGGGCAGUCCUGUGGAGCUGCACUUUUGGGCUUCUUGGGUUUAUGGUCUUGAAGCAGCUUGAAAUCACCAUUCCUUAUUUAUGGAGAAAAAAUGGGGAGGAAACAGAAAUGGCAGAGCCAGAGGAGCUGCUGGAGGCCUGGCCCAGCACUGGCUGUCCCCGCUCUUGUCCCAAGUGUGGGGGGAGUGUGUGAACUUCCUCCCCUACACCUGGGCUGCUCUGAUUUAUGUUUUGGGAUCCUGCCCACACUUCCCACUCCCAUUUCCCUCAGCAGAGCAUCCAGAACAGACUUGCCUCGUAUUGCUCCCCACAGCCCCUCCUUGGCCCAUGGGAGGAUCAAUGCCCGCGCACUGUCUGCGUGUUCCUGUGCUGGCCACGAGUCCUUAAACACUUCUUUUUCCCUUUCUGUGUCUUCUGAGCACACUCUUGCCCCCAGACAUAUGCUGCUCCACUUCCCAUGCAGGCAGGGUUCCAAUCUGGCAACGCAGCACCCCAGGCCCUGUGGAAGCUCCAGGGCUGUUUGUGUGGCACAGGGUGUUGGCACAGGGUCAGUGCUCAGCUCUGUGGGAGCUGCUGCUGGACCCUGCAGGAGUGCUGACCCAGAUGGCCCUGGUCCUGUGGCCCCACGGCCCCUCAGUGCAGCUCUGCAGGGGCUCUGUGGAGUCACAGAUCAAUGGUCUGAGUGGGAACGGACCUUAAAGCUCACCCAUUCCUACCCCCUACCAUGGGCAGGGACACCUUCCACCAUCCCAGGUUGCUCCAAGCACCAUCCAACCUGGCCUUGGACACUGCCAGGGAUGGAGCAGCCACAACUUCUCUGAGGCCCCUCUGAGGGCCUCAUCACCCUCACAGGAAAGAAUUCCUUCCCUAUAUCCCAUCUAACUCUGCCCUCUGGCAGUGGGAAGCCAUUCCCCUUGUCUUGUCACUCCAGACCCUUGUCCAAGGCGCUCUCCUGGAGCCCCUUUAGGCACUGGCAGGGCCUCUAAGAUCUCCCCCAGAGCCUUCACUUCUCUAGGCUGGACACCCCCAGUUCUCCCAGCCUGGCUCCAGAGCAGAUGUGCUCCAGGCCUCCUCUGGACUUGCUCCAGCAGCUCCACGUCCUUCCUGUGCUGGAACCCCAGGGCUGGAGGCAGCUCUGCAGGUGGGGUCUCAACUUAGUGGGGCACAGGGGCAGAAUCUCCCCCUUCCCCUACUGCCCACACUGGGGGAUCAGCCCAGUUGGCCGAGUAGGAUGAGCUGAGCAUGUACUGGGGACACAGAGCACCUGGCAGUCACCCAGGCUGGGGUCUCAGGGGACACUGUCCAGGAACAUGCAGUGACGGUGGUGUGUGGGAUUGCUUGGAGCAGGCGUGUGCAGGGCUGGGGUGUGCAGGGUUAGGAUGUGCAGGUGCACAUUGGGGUGAGCACACAGGCACU